AACUAUUUGUGGAAUCAAAGCCUGACAUUCCCCCAUCUACUUCCUGCUCAAACACGCCUUAUAUGAGUGGGACCAACGUCUACUGAAGGUGGAAGCUGAUUGGUUGCAGCCUCUCUGCCUUCCUGAAAUGUCUGUUUCAGGAAGUGAAACUCACACAGUCACUGUGACAGAUAGAAGAAAUGGAGCAGAAUCAGAUAGACGAAGAAACUUUGUCCUGUUCGAUCUGUCUGGAUCUACUGAAGGAUCCAGUGACGAUUCCCUGUGGACACAACUACUGCAUGAACUGUAUUAAAACCCACUGGAAGGAUCGGAAACAAAGCCACAGCUGCCCUCAGUGCAGGGAGACGUUCACACCGAGGCCUGUGCUAAAGAAGAACACUGUGUUAGCAGCUUUAGUGGAGCAGCUGAAGAAGACUGGACUCCAAUCUGCUGCAGCUGAUCACUGCUAUGCUGGACCUGAAGAUGUGGCCUGUGAUUUCUGCACUGGGAGGAAGCUGAAAGCCAUCAAGUCCUGUUUAAUCUGUCUGGCCUCUUAUUGUGAGAAACACCUUCAGCCUCAUUAUGAUUCAGCUACUUUUAAGAAACACAAGCUGGUGGAGCCGUCCAAGAACCUCCAGGAGAACAUCUGCUCUAAGCAUGAUAAGUUGUUGGAGAUCUUCUGCCGCACUGAUCAGAAGUGUGUCUGCAGUCUCUGUUUAAUGGAGGAACAUAAAGGCCAUGACAUAGUCUCAGCUGCAGCAGAAAGGACUGAGAGGCAGAGAGAGCUGGAGGAGAGACGAGGAAAAAUCCAUCAGAGAAUCCAGGACAGAGAGAAGGAUGUGAAGCUGCUUCAACAGGAAGUGGAGGCCAUCAAUAUCUCUGCCGAUAAAGCAGUGGAGGACAAUAAGAAGAUCUUCACUGAGCUGAUCCGUCUCCUCCAGAAAAGAAGCUCUGAGGUGAAGCAGCAGAUCAGAUCCCAGCAGGAAACUGAAGUGAGUCGAGUCAAAGAUGUUCAGGAGAAGCUGGAGCAGGAGAUCACUGAGCUGAAGAGGAAAGACGCUGAGCUGGAGCAGCUCUCACACACAGAGGAUCACAACCAGUUUCUCCUCAACUACCCCUCACUGCCAGCACUCAGUAAGUCUAAGCGCUCAUCCAGCAUCAACAUCCGUCCUCCGAGACACUUUGAUGGCGUGACAUCAGCUGUGUCAGAGCUCAGAGAGAAACUACAGGACGUCCUGACAGACUCAUGGACGAACAUCUCACUGAAAAUCACUGAGGAUGUUUUACAAUCAGAACCAGAACCAAAGAGCAGAGCUGAAUUCUUAAGAUAUUCAUAUGAAGUAACUCUGGAUCCAAACACAGCACACACACGUCUGGGACUGUCAGCAGGGAACAGGAAGGUGACGGUGAUGAAACAACAUCAGUCUUAUUCUAGUCACCCAGACAGAUUCACUGGAUGGCUUCAGGUUCUGAGUAGAGAGAGUCUGAUUGGACGAUGUUACUGGGAGGUGGAGUGGAGCGGUAACGUUUUUAUAGCAGUCGCAUACAAGAAUAUCAGCAGAACUGGAGAUGGGAAUGAAUGUGGAUUUGGAUGUAAUGACAAAUCUUGGGCCUUAGAUUGCUCCCAAAACAGUUCUAGAUUUGGUCACAACAGCAUCUGGACCUCCAUCUCAGGUCCUGCUUCCUCCAGAGUCGGAGUGUACUUGGAUCACACAGCAGGUCUUCUGUCCUUCUACAGCGUCUCUGAAACCAUGACUCUCCUCCACCGAGUCCAGACCAGAUUCACUCAGCCAAUGCUGGCUGGAGUUUAUUUUUGGUACACUGGAGACUCUGUAGAGUUCCUUAAACCCGGAUAGUUAUUCUCUCUUCUCUCGUUGUUGAUCAGGGUUUCUUGUUUUGUUUCUCUUUAAUUCCUGGUUUAUUUUUGACUGUGUUCCACCAACCAUAAAAUAAGUCACUGCUGAUGUUUUCUUUCAUUCUGAAGACACAGAAAUACUUCUCCACACGAAAAUCUGAACUUCUCUGGCCUAGUAGUUUGACUUUAAUAUUUGUAUUGAUGUAUUUAGAUAUUCAGGUUUCUCUUCCACUGUUCCGCAGAACAAAUGUUCUUUUUUAAAUCAGCUGAGACUGAAGUGAACUGAACUUGUUUCUGUUUUCUUUAUUGUGAUUUUAAAAAAAUCACAAUGAAGUAACACAAUGAAACUAACAUGAAUUGACACUUAUUAGCCACUUUAUUAGGUACACACCUUGCUAGUACCAGGUUGGAUCCUGUUUUGCCUUCAGAACUGCCUUAAUCCUUUGUGGCAUAGAUUCAACGGUAAUGAAAACCUCAGAGAGUGUGGUCCAUAUUGACAUGAUAACAUCACAGUUGCUGCAGAUUUGUCGGCUGCACAUCCAGGAUGUGAAUUUCCCUUUCCACCACAUCCCAAAGGUUCUCUAUUGGACUGAGAUCUGGAAACUGUUGGAGGCCAUUAGAGUUCAGUGAACUCAUUGUCAUGUUCAAGAAAAGAGUCUGAGAUGAUGGUGCUUUAUGACAUGGCAAGUUAUCCUGCUGGAAGUAGCAAUCAGAAGAUGGGUAUACUGUGGUCAUAAAGGGAUGGACUUGGUCAGCAACAAUACUCAGGUAGAAUGUGCCUUUGACACGAUGCUCAGUUGCUAUUAAUGAGCUCAAAGUACGCCAAGAACAUAUUUCACUUGCUAUUGCACCACCACCACCAGCCUGAACCAUUGACACAAGGCAGGAUGGAUUCAUGCUUUCAUGUUGUUGACGCCAAAUUCUGACCCGACCAUCUGAGUGUCACAGCAGAAAUCAUCAAACCAGGCAAUGUUUUUCCAAUCUUCGAUUGUCCAAUUUUUGUGAACCUGUGUGAAUUGUAGCCUCAGUUUCCUGUUCUUAGUUGAGAGGAGUGGCACCUGGUGUGGUCUUCUGCU